CGCCCCCUCGCUCUCCCUCUUCUCUUCUCAACCCCGUCACCCUUGUCGCCUCCCCUCAAGCCCCGAAACCCGAGAGGCACCUUCUUCCCUCCCCAAGUCUUCUGGGUGGGGGGGUGGGGGUGAACGCCGGUGUGUAAGGGAGUAGCGAGUGUGGUCGGGGAAAGAAGGCGUGGAGAGGAGUCAGAGUGGAGAGGGAGGGAGGGGAGCGAGAGCGAGAGAAUAAAUAUAUAAAUAAAUACGAGAAAGAAAUCCACUCCGCAGCCUCUCGGCUCAGAAACUUUGGCCCGGAGCGCGAGAGCGCGUCGCUCGCCAGUCCGAGGCUGGGGGUCCUGACUCCGGCUGCGUCCCCCCGGCCCCGCUCGGCGACCCGGCCUGGUCUCCCGCUCCUGCCCGGCGCAUCCGCCCGCUCAACUUGGGGCCGAGCGGAGCGGGCAGAGACGGCCUUGGGGUUGGAGUGUUUGUUUGUUUGAACUUCCUUGUCGCCACCUUCCCUCCCACCGCCCCAACCUCCGCCCCCACCUCACCCCCCUCCCCAGCUUCUGGACUCGACCGACCGCAGCCGGGGGUGGGGGUGGGGGUAGAGAGUGUUUGCGGCGGGGAGGGGGAAGAGGUUUAAAAAAAAAAAAAGAAGAAAUAGAAGAAGGAAAGAAAGAGAUCGCAGCAGGGGUAAAGGGAGCGGACGGGAAGCGAUUUUUGCAGACUCUGGAUUCGUCCCCGGCGUGCGCGAGAAUGGCGGCCCUGCCCGGCACCGUACCGAGGAUGAUGCGGCCGGCUCCCGGGCAGAACUAUCCCCGCACGGGAUUUCCUCUGGAAGUGUCCACCCCGCUUGGCCAAGGCCGGGUCAAUCAGCUUGGUGGGGUCUUCAUCAAUGGGCGACCCCUGCCCAACCACAUCCGCCACAAGAUAGUAGAGAUGGCCCACCACGGCAUCCGGCCCUGUGUCAUCUCCCGCCAGCUGCGUGUCUCCCAUGGCUGUGUCUCCAAGAUCCUCUGCCGCUACCAAGAGACCGGGUCCAUCCGGCCUGGGGCCAUUGGAGGCAGCAAGCCCAGACAGGUGGCGACUCCGGAUGUGGAGAAAAAGAUUGAGGAGUACAAGAGGGAGAACCCAGGCAUGUUCAGCUGGGAGAUCCGAGACCGGCUGCUGAAGGACGGGCACUGUGAUCGCAGCACUGUGCCCUCAGUGAGUUCGAUUAGCCGCGUGCUCAGAAUCAAGUUCGGGAAGAAAGAGGAGGACGACGAAGCGGACAAGAAGGAGGACGACAGCGAGAAGAAAGCCAAGCACAGCAUCGAUGGCAUCUUGGGCGACAAAGGGAACCGUCUGGAUGAGGGCUCAGACGUGGAGUCAGAACCCGAUCUCCCUCUGAAGCGGAAGCAGCGCCGCAGUCGGACCACGUUCACAGCCGAGCAGCUGGAGGAGCUGGAGAAGGCCUUUGAAAGGACUCACUACCCAGACAUCUACACCCGCGAGGAGCUGGCGCAAAGGACCAAGCUGACCGAGGCGCGUGUGCAGGUCUGGUUCAGUAACCGCCGUGCCCGUUGGCGUAAGCAGGCCGGAGCCAACCAGCUGGCAGCAUUCAACCACCUUUUGCCAGGCGGCUUCCCGCCCACCGGCAUGCCCACGCUGCCCCCCUACCAGCUGCCAGACUCCACCUACCCCACCACCACCAUCUCCCAAGAUGGGGGCAGCACCGUGCACCGGCCCCAGCCCCUCCCGCCGUCCACUAUGCACCAGGGGGGGCUGGCGGCGGCCGCUGCGGCCGCGGACACCAGCUCCGCCUACGGAGCCCGCCACAGCUUCUCCAGCUACUCCGACAGCUUCAUGAACCCGGCGGCGCCCUCCAACCACAUGAACCCCGUCAGCAACGGCCUGUCUCCUCAGGUGAUGAGCAUUCUGAGCAACCCCAGUGCGGUGCCGCCACAGCCCCAGGCUGAUUUCUCCAUCUCUCCGCUGCACGGCGGCCUGGACUCUGCCACCUCCAUCUCGGCCAGCUGCAGCCAGAGGGCUGACUCCAUCAAGCCGGGAGACAGCCUGCCCACCUCCCAGUCCUACUGCCCGCCCACCUACAGCACCACCGGCUACAGUGUGGACCCCGUGGCUGGCUACCAGUACGGCCAGUAUGGCCAGACGGCUGUUGAUUACCUGGCGAAAAACGUGAGCCUCUCCACACAGCGUCGCAUGAAGCUCGGCGAGCACUCAGCUGUGCUGGGACUCCUGCCUGUGGAAACUGGCCAGGCCUACUAGGGCCCCUGGGGCGACUUGCCCCAGCCCAAGUCCCAGCCUACUCCUCACUGAUCCAUGAGCCUCCCCACCUCAGUCCCUUCAUUGCCCUGGGGUCCCAGGAGGCCAGGAAAGGAGCCCACCCCCUUCUCAUGGCCAACCCUCUGAAAACGAGCAGCCUGCCCACCAUUCGCCUGUGGUUAGGGAUCUGGAGUGACCCCCUUGGAGUCUGCCCCUUCACUCUAGCCCCAGGAGGGUCUCCGGUCAGCCUUCAGUCUCCUCCCUGCCAGGUCCUGUCAUGGCCUCUGUGCCAUCUCAGAUGCAGAGAUGGAAGCUCACCCUGAACAGAACACCUUGGGCACCCAUAGGAGGAUGCUGUCCAGGGGGAGGUCCUGGAGCCCUUUGCACCCAACUCCACACGUCCCCUGGCCAGAGGUGGAGGUGGAGCUCUGGGCUGGCGGUGCUGGGAGCCCACCCUCCCGGGUGGGCCUCUGGCUCAGGGCCAGAACCACAGCCUGUUCCUCCUCUGAACACUAGGAUUUUGGCAGAGAGGGGACCAUAGCCCUGAGGUGUUCCCAGAGAAUCACCCAGGAAGUCUAAAGACUUCAGGACCACACACUCCUGCUGGGUGGAGGGUGGAAUGCAGCCCAGGCAGGGGCACUGGGAGGACCAGGAAGAGACUUAGCCCGGGGGUGGGGCCAUGUGGGUGGGGCUUGUCAGCAGUGGGAGGGCCCAGGGAACCAGGACCCAAGGGGCCUCCAGAAGCAGCUUUGGGCUCUUAGACUGAAGCUAAGUCCCAGGCUUAUCCGGCCCACCUGGGGCCCAGGGAGCCCACAGACCCUUCAGUUUUUUCAGUCACUGAAUCAAUGGCAGGGGAAAGGGAUCAAGCCUUGGGGACACGUGAGUGAAGGGGCAGGCUCAGAAAAGGGUUUCAUAACUGGGGUCCCUCUGCUCAUGGGCUGCAAACCUUUGUUGCCAAAGGCUUCAGCUUUAUGCCUCCAAGUCCACACCCCAUGGAGCUUCAAUUUCUCACAAAGCCUCCCUCAGAGACCCAGGCCCACCCCCUGUAUGCCCACCCCUCCAGGAAUGGGGCAUCCCUCUGUCCAUGGGUCCCUUUAAGCCACCAGGGGUGCAGAGCGCUUUUCUUGGAGUCCUUGAAGAGGGUUCUUGGGUCAUCAGGGACUGCUUGCCCCAUGGACAAGACGACCGAUUGCCUUUGACCCUGGAGGGGUUGGGAAGUGUCCCUAUCCCACCCAGAGUGGUGUCUUUCAGUGUUGACACAUUCUCAGCUGUGCUGCCUCUGUGUGUUGAUCCAGCUCAGCUGGAUGGGGAGAUGUGGCCAAUCUUUGAGCCACCACCUCUGGGCAGAGGGGACACUGAAGGUUCUGGCGAAGAGGGCCGAAUCCUUGGCCACUCCAGGGGCUCUCCCAAGCUCCCUUCUCUUUACAAGUUGAGACCUUUGGGGAAUGAUUCCAGCCCCUGACCACAGCCUCCUUUGGAACUUUUCACCACCUCCACCUGUUUAGCAAAACUGUAUUUAUCUUCACCAUCGUUAUAAUCCACACUUGGAUCCCCUUUCUCAAGUGCUUCUGGAUAAAAGGCAUUUGAUACGGAAGACACAGCAUUGAAUCCAUGAAGACGGGACCAAAUUGCUUGUCCCCAUCUGGGCCCCUGCAGCCACCUCUUUGCUCAACCUACGCCUCCUGCCCUUCGCCAAUGAGACAUUCCCAGAAGGAAAGGCUGCUGCUUUGAGAAUCCAUCUGAGUUUCUCUCUGCUGGGGAGCUGAGUUAGCAAGAUACUGGGACAUUUUCCUGCAUGGACAUCACCUCUGUGACAAAUGCUCACCUGCUUCUCAUCUUCAUACUCAGUAAUGUCAAGCCUGUCCUGGACCAUGACCAAGGAGGCUUGUACCUUUGGUUUAGAGGAACCUAUCAUUGAUUGAGGAUAAAUGGCAUUUGGUAGCAGCGGACACCCAGACAUGUGUGGUCCAUCAAGUUCAGCCAUCAAGGUUUCAAUGGGAGCAUCCACCCCAGGAGACUUUGGGUUCUUCAAGUUCUGGACAGAAAAAGUGUAUUAUCUCUUGGUGACCCAGUCCAUGCUUUUGUUGCUAUCACAGCCAGAAAGCAGCUCUUAAGGUCAACCAUCUUCUUCAUUCACAUUCCUUGAAUGGUUGAUCUUUUCCCCCUGGAGGCCAGUCUCAGACAUGCUAUGAGUCUCCUUACAACGUAUAUUACCCAGGAGCAGGGAUCUCAGGCAGGUGACCUCAAAACCACCCAGCCCCACGCCUAGGAAGUGACAUUCCAGUGCUAGGACCAAUCCCAAAUAUCUGCCCACUGUGGCGAAAUGGGAAUAAACCAAAUGAUUUCUCAAGAAGUCCCUCUUCUCUGGAGUUCUCCCAAGCCACCAUCUUGGUAGAAAUCAGGACUUAUUUCCCCCAGGGGCCCCCACACUCCUCAGGAAGAGACCUUGACCCCAGCAGGUUUUCCUUAAACCCAGUGUACUAUGUGGCUAGCCAACUCCAUCUGUACAACUCAGUCUCGUGUCGGCCACUUGCCACUUCACCAGAAAGUUGGUGUUGGGUAAGAGUUGCAAGGCUUUAAACUCUUGAGGGUGGACCACAGGCUGAGAAAGAAGGCCUGAAUCCCAGUGGCUAGGCUGCCCCAGAAACAGUCCCCCUGCCCCAAUCCAUCCCUGUAAAUAGAGUCCAUGGCAAAAAAAAAAAACAAAAAAAAACAAAAAAAAAAACCUAUUUCCUCCAACUUAUCACAAGUAGCUGUUGGUCCUACCUAUGGGGGCCCCUCUUCUGAGCUCAUUGUACAUUAGUUGGAAACGUGGUGAUGUGCUGUUCGUUUAUAGGAAGUUGACUUUUAUAUAUAUACAUAUAUAUAUAUACUAAAAAUGGAAAGAAACCCCCCCCCACAGUGCGUGUCGUGCUAGUGCCAGGGACCAUCUGUAGGGAUAUAUCUGCAUAUUGUGUGUUUCAAAUUAUACAUUCCGGGCUCUCUUGGGUUCUUUCAUUUUUAUUGCUUUGUUUUUCAUUUGGUAUUUCUCUCUUGCUAUGAAAAAAAAAAAAAAAGUGAUGUGUGAGAACCAAGCUCUGCUUUUAUAUUCUUAUGUUUUCCUUGAUUUCCAUUUGCCGUUCUUUUGCCAGAGGAGCAUGAAGGAGAAGGGAGAGAGGAGAAGGAGAGUGGAAUCAAGAGAGAGGUGGGCCCAGAAGGAACACGAGAAGGUCAGAUUUCCAAUCCGACUGUGGCUCGAGAACAUGGCAGGCCCCAGAUUUUGAUCACUCCACCGACUGCUGUUUGAGAUGGAGUGGGUGAAGCCUUCGGACAUUCGGAUCCUGGAACUUGGGAAACUCCUUGAUGGCCCCCAAAAGACAUGCUCUGAGGCCUCUCUCAGGUCGAUGUGCUCAUCGAGCUCCCGAAUGUGCCCUUUACUGUUGGAUGCUUUUUGAGGUUGACAGAUCUCGCCUCCCCUCCCGCAGAGGCACCAAACCAAGGCCAAGUGGGGGGAUCCUCCAGCUACCGUCUUGAAAAGCUCGGAGACCUCUGUGUAUCGAAUGCUUUCUCUGUCAGCUCUAACCAGGCCAGUCCCCCACCCGGGAGCUCUCUGCCUAGCCCUCUAGAUCACUCCUUCUUCCCAGUAACUGCUACGUGGUUGCUCCCGUGUUUGACUCACAGCCAUUUCUCCUCCACGUGGGAGUGCGUGCGUGUGUGCCUGAGAGUGUGAGUGGGGUGUCCGCGUGGGCGUGUGGGCGCGAAGGUGUGUGUUUAAAUAUAAUCGCACCAUAAUUUAUUCAGCUAUAUGGAGUAGUAGACUAGAAAGAGAAACUGGCAUUUGCUUUAACUACCUGCUUGUAAGCGCUUCCUCUGUAACUCAGGCGUAACUGUUACAUAUACAUUAAAAAGAAAUUAAAAGCA